AUGGCCACAGAAAUCGACUUUCUGCGAGAUCAAAAUCAAAGACUAAAUGAAACCCUUAGGCGGUAUCAAAUGGAAAAUUUUUUCAAAUAUUCAACAGUACAGAAAGGUGUCGUCAAAGGAGAUGGAGAUGACACGUUAGAAAACUCAGCAACUGACCAAAGCUUUUUAGUUCCUCUUAUAACUGAGUAUGAUAAGCAUUUGGAAGAACUAAAUGGUCAGCUGAAAUAUUAUCAGAAACAGAUGGGUGAGAUGAAACUACAAUUUGAAAAUGUCAUCAGGGAAAAUGAAAGGUUGCACAAUGAAUUAAAAGAUGCUGUUGUUGCAAAGCAAUUGGAGGCCCUUCCCUUUGGCACAGAGAUGGGAAAUGAGAUAUAUACAGAUGACGAAACAGUCAGGAAUCUUCAAGAACAGCUAAAACUGGCCAGUCAGGAAAAAGCUCAGGCUAUAGAACUCUGGCAGACUGUUUCUCAGGAGUUGUGUAAGCUACAGAAACUUUACCAAGAACAUAUGACUGAGGCCCAGAUUCAUGUUCUUGAAAGUCAAAAGCAAAAGAAUCAGCUGACAAGUUUUCAGCAGCUGACCAAGCAUCUUCAUGUUACUAAUGAGAAUGUAGAAAUGACUAAUCAACAUUUUCUGAAAACAGUAACUGAACAAAGUGCGGAAAUCGAGCAACUCCGAAAACAACUUAGGCAAGCCAAGUUAGAUCUGAGAGUUGCAGCAGCAAAAGUGGAAGAGUUAACUAAAGUGACUGAAGACCUUCAGGGACAGAUGCAGAAGAAGGAGGAGGAUAUGGUUUCUGCGCAAGGAAGAGAAGAAGCAUCAGAUAGGCGCUUACAGCAGUUACAAUCUAGUAUGAAACAAUUAGAAGCAAGAUUAUCUGUGGCAGUUCAAGAAGCCACCCAAUUAAGAGCAGAACGAACACAUCUAGAGGAACAGACCAGAGUGUUACAAGCAAAGUGCAGUGAAUUAGAAGAUGAGAAAUACGAAGCUAUCGUAAGAGCCAGAAAUAGCAUGCAACUCCUAGAAGAAGCCAACCUUCAAAAAAAUCAGGCUCUGCUUGAGGAGAAGCAAAAACAAGAAGAUAUAGAGAAAAUGAAAGAAACGGUUUCUCAGAUUGUGCAAGACGCUUCCCUAAGAACCAGGACAGCGAUUAUAAACACAAGAAAACAAUAUAAUAAACAGAUUUUUCAACUAACAGAAGAACUUUCAGCCCUUCAAAUGGAGUGUGCUGAAAAACAAGAUCAAAUCGAACGAGCCAUCAGGGAGAAAAAAGCAGUGGAAGAAGAACUAGAAAAGAUUUACCGUGAAGGCAGAAUAAAUGAAAAUGAUUACAGAAAACUAGAAGAAAUGCACCAAAGAUGCCUGGUUGCCGAGCGUUCAAAAGAUGAUCUUCAGCUGAGACUUAAGACAGCAGAAAAUAAAAUCAAACAACUUGAAAUAAAUUCCUCAGAAGAGAUAUCACGUUGCCAAGAAAUGAUUCAGAAACUUCAAAAUAUAUUGGAGUCUGAGAGAGAGAACUGUGGAUUUGUCAGUGAACAAAGGUUGAAACUUCAGCAGGAAAACGAACAGUUACAGAAACAGACUGAAGAUUUGAGAAAGAUUGCCCUCGAGGUUCAAAAAAAAGCCAAAUUAAAGAUCAGUACAAUGGAGCAUGAAUUUUCAAUAAAGGAACAUGGGUUUGAAGUUCAAUUAAGAGAGAUGGAAGACAGUAAUCGAAAUUCCACAGUUGAACUGAGGCAUCUCUUAGCUACUACACAGAAAGCAGCCAAUAGGUGGAAAGAAGAAACGAAGAAACUCACUGAAAGUGCAGAAAUUAGAAUCAAUAAUCUAAAGAGUGAGCUGAGUCGACAGAAACUUCAUACCCAAGAGCUGCUUUCUCAGCUGGAAAUGGCAAAUGAAAAGGUAGUUGAGAAUGAAAAGUUAAUUCUAGAGCAUCAGGAAAAAUCCAACAGACUUCAGAGGCGACUGAGUGAAGCGGAACAGAGAGCUGCUUCGGCCUCCCAGCAGCUCAGUGCGAUUACAGUGCAGAGAAGAAAAGCAGCCUCCAUGAUGAAUCUGGAAAAUAUUUAG